CAUCCAAGAGUUGUCAUCACAGCAUCCGCGUGAUCGACCAGUCGGUCGUUUUCUCGGCUGUGGUUGCACGCAUGGCGACCUUCACUGGACGUACCAGUCUCCUGGCCACGCUCGUCGUCGUCGUCUCCGCGGUGAUCAUGGCCUGCUCCGUCGACGUCUGCCAUGGCGCCCGCGAGGGAGCAUUUUCCCGUCCUGAUCCAGCGCCAGCUGAUCACCGUCCCAAAGACGACGACGUCUACGUUCCCGGUGGCGGUGGUGAGGGCGGCUACGGGCCUCGGGGACCCUGCUACGAUCCCCUGAUCCCCGGCCACGGCGGUGGCCUAAUACCCAUCAGGCCUGAUCUCCCCGCCCCCGGCUAUGGACGCGGACGCUAUCCCUGCUUCCGACCUCUCCCCUACCAUCCCACGCCGCCGCUGCCGCCACCGCAGAAUGGGGACACCCCGCCGCCGUGAUCGAGCAUGGCCGGCCGCCGCGACGACGACCUCACGCGACCCAAUGCACCCUAUAAGCUACCCCUCCAUCCCAAAAAGAGUUCAAUUGUAACUAUGAAUCUGAACACACAUGUGUCGAGGUUCGUAGUUAGAAAUUGGCUUUGUAUGGGACGGAAUAGUAUACGCGUAUACGUAUGUAUGUAUCUAUAUAUGUCGAGGGCACGUAUGUACGUACGUACGUAUAUACGUUGAUCUCUCGCAGGUACUAGAACGUAUACUUGUUACUAGCUAUAUGGAUCAUAUAUACCGUUCUUCCGUCUUCCAUGUGCUAGUGUUCAUUAGCAGGAAUAAAACGGAUAGGUGGGUGCGUGAGUGUGUGUGACUGGUUUCAAACAAAUAAAGUGCCGCUGUGUUAAUUGUCGAUA